CAUUUUCUCUGCUCUCCUUGCCGAGUCGAGGAUUGGCUCAGCGCUGCUGCAGCCCGCCCUCCUCCUUCCCACGUCCCCUCCCCGGCAGCUUCGCUCCCUCUCUCCCGUGGCAUCAGGGCGUCAGCCUGCGAGAGCCGGCCUGGGGGGACAGCCGUGGGAAAAGGAGGGCGACGCUGGCUCCCCUUUGUCCCCCACGCCACCCCGGAGCACAGCACCAGUAACCCUCGGAACAAGUUACAGGGGCCUGCGGAGAGUGCCUCGCAACUUUUCGGCUGGAGGAGCGGGGAAAAAAAUAAUAACCCUGGUUCGGAAGAGGUUGCCAACAAGGGGACCAGUGCUCUUGCCCUGCCAGUCCACCCAAAGCUCUCUUCGUUGCCUGCUGCCCCAUCCGUGACUGGCUCCCACUCACCCAGCGCCAGCAGAAGACGGUGGAUUAACCUCUAAGUCCACAACCAGACACAGCUUCCAGCGACAUCUGCAGAACAGGGGGUGACCCAGACAGCCCCUGGGGACAUCUCGGUGCCACCACUGUCCUCAGCACUGAGGACGUGCUCUCCGAGGGUGAUUUCAUGAGCGCGACGUAGCGCAGGGAAGGAGGAAACCUGCCGAAAGCCAGAGUGACACGAGCUCUUACCCCAGGAGCAUCGGAGCACAAGCAAUGGGGAGGCUGGGGAUGUGACAGACCACCCCGGUGCUGGAAGCCUGGUGAGGGCUGAUUUUUGGAGCUUUUUCAAAGGCAGGGCGAAGGGUGCAACAACAUGAGCCUGGGGAAGCUGCCGGUGCUCAGCUGGGUGUCAGGCUCCCACGGCAAGCGGCGGCUGAAGUCGGAGCUGACGCCAGACAUGAUCAGCCCGCCGCUGGGCGACUUCCGGCACACCAUGCAUGUGGGGCGCGGCGGGGACGUCUUUGGGGACACCUCUUUCCUUAGCAACCACGGCGGGGCUGACACAGCCAAACCCAACAACUUCUUUGCCCGGACGCUGCGGCACGUCCGGCGGGCGCCGCUGAAGAGACGGGGCAGCGGGGGCCAGGCAGGCGCCUCGCCCGAGCCCCCAGCCAUCUCACCCAUCAUCAAGAACGCCGUCUCCCUGCCGCAGCUCAACGAGGGGAUGUAUGACGGAGGCGGCGGCGGCCGGGGCUUGACCAGCAAGUUCUCCUUCAAAAGUGCCUCCAACAGCUUCUCCAAAACACACCAGGCCUACGGGCUGGAGUCUGGAUUUUGUACCAUCCCUCGUGUCCCUCGCUUGGAAAAGGCCCAAGAGAGCACCCAUCCUGGGGAAGAUGAGCUGGAUCGCUCCGACUCCCUGCUGUCCUUCCGCCUAGACCUGGGGCCCUCCCUGAUGAGCGAGCUCCUUCAGGUGAUGAGCUUCUCUGAAACCAAUGGGAACGAGGUGGGGGAGGAUGGCCCACACUUCCUGUGUGAAGAGGAGACCAAGGACAGGGUCCCUCCAGCACCGCAUGUGUCCCACAAAGAGGACAAGGCAGCAUCCAGCUUCUGGGACCACUCCAGGCAGAGCAACCUGUCAGGGGCCAGCUCGCUGCCGGGUCUGUCGGUCCAUGCCAACGGAGAGGCACACACCAUCGAAGGUGCUGGAGCGAACUCUGUCCGGGCUGCAGGGCCAGGGGCGGCACCCAGAGGGUCCCCGUGGCAGGCCCACUGGAACGACUGCACCAUUGAGGCUGGAGAAUUUGACCGUGCAGCCCAGGUCCUGGCCCGCCAUUACGGUGGGACCAGCACCCCACGGAGCUCGGAGAAGGGCGAGGGUCCCCGGCAGGCCCGGACACAGACCCUGUGGGAGAGCCCCAGCAGCAGCUUGUGGGGGUCGCAGGUGACAAGGGAGAGCCGGUCCCCCGAGGUCAGCUGGAACCAAGGAGAGGAGGAGGAGGAGGAGACCAAGCUCUCCAGCCUGCAGGAAAGCUGCAGCGGUGCCCGGGGGGGCCGCAGCAGUUCCUUCGAGUAUGCCGAUGAGGAGGAGGAAGAGGACGAUGAAGUCAAGGUGUGAACGGCCAUCCCUCCCAUCACAGGCCCCACCAGAGAUACUGGUGCCAGGGUCUUUGCCCUCCUCCCUGUGCCCCACCUGCUGGUGCCAGUGUCACCAGUAGACCCAGUGGGUCUCUCCUUGCCAAGUGGGGGCACUGGGCAGGCCGGGGAGGGCAGGAGGAGAGCCUGUCUCCUGGGGGGCUCUCUGGGGCUGGGCCAGGCUGCUGCAGAGGGCAGUGGGCACCACACAGCCAGGCAUAGCACCCCUUCUCCAGCCUCACGGCCAUGAGACAUCAAAGGAACAUUCCCAUGUGCCAAAGGAACCCCAAAUCCUUCCUACCCCAUCCCAUUCUCCCCAGCACCCUCUCUCUUAGCCCUCAGCCUGGCUCCACCUACAUGUCUGGGGACAUAUUCCAUCCUCCCACUGAUGUCCCCAGCCAUCCCCUGCAAUGGCAUAUGUGCCUCCCCAGAGAUAUUCCCACUGAUAGCUCUGGCAUGUAGGGGCUGGGGUCCCAAGGGGCAGGCAAACCCCACAGAGCUAAGUUUUCUCUUUUCCCCUGCCCCCCUCCCCCCACCAAAAGUUGUGUGCUCAGUGUUCGGGAGGUGAGAGCAUGCACAGAAAUAAUGAGGAAUCUUUCCACUUGCCUCCUGCUGCUGGGCAUCACUUAGGACAGCUUCCUUCCUGACCCCUGCUCCUCUCAGCAAUUGAGAGGGGAGAAACUUCUGGCUGACUGGUGGCAAAGGCAGGUUGUCAGGUCACCAGAUUCUGCAGUUCAGGCUCUAAAAACCCCUUCUUUUCACCCUGCCUCGGAACAAGGAGGCUCCUCUGCAGCCACUUGGCUUGUGCCACUAUCCUCGUGGUGGUGGCACAGUUUGUGUCUCCAUCCUUGUCCCCAUUCCCCACACACCCCCCUCUUUGCAGCGCGCCCCUUCCCAAGGGUAAUGUGGCCCGUGGCUAAUGUCCCUCUCUGAGUGUCCCUGGGUGACACAGCCGCCCUGGAAUGAGCUGCUCCCCACGCUGGCCCGUGUGCAAAGUGGCCCUCAUAGAAGCGCCUUUGUGCCAUGGUGUGGAGCCGACGUGCUCGGGGGCUGAGGUCACCGCAGGGACCCUCACAGGACCCCCCUUGUUCUCUGGGACAGGAGGGGGUGUGCAGUGGGAGGAGAUGCUGGGCCAUGGCUGCAGGACUCUGCUCCCACUCAGCUCGCCCGCCACCCGGCUGCUUUUGCUAGGAAGCUCUUCAGAGCAGGAUAAAGAGCUCCAGGGUGUGCAUGUACCGCACGUGGAAGUGCUACUUGCAGCCAGGCCACCCAGGUUAAGGGCAAGCCCGUGUUCCUCAGCCUCCCCAAGGGGCUGCCUCUUGCCAGCCACCAGCAGCAAACCAGGGCAGGCACCAGCUUCAGGAAGUCCCCAGGUCUGGCCAGUGGCACCCAGCAGGAUCAGCCUUAUUCUCCCUUGCACCUUCCAGGGUGGGGACCUGGGCUCUCAGGAUGAGCUCCCCUCUGCCCUCUGCUUUCCAGACCAUAACACAAGACCAAAAACCUGUAUCUGUGGAAUUAUCCUUUCUGCCUCCCCUCUGUAUCCCAUGCACUUAUUAUUGUCCUUAUUAAAACAGUUUUGAUACUAACUUC